GGGCGUGGCUCGAACGCGGAUAUUCCGUGCGUGCGCUCAGAUCGCUCGGUGCCACCGCGGCCGAGAGGCGACUGGAGUAUGUCAGCCCCGUUUGAGGAGCGCAGUGGGGUGGUUCCGUGCGCAACACCGUGGGGCCAGUGGUACCAGACCUUGGAGGAGGUGUUCAUUGAAGUUCAGGUGCCGCCAGGCACUCGCGCCCAGGAUAUUCAGUGCGGCCUGCAGAGCCGGCAUGUGGCGCUGGCCGUGGGGGGCCGCGAGAUACUCAAGGGCAAACUCUUUGAUUCUACAAUAGCUGAUGAGGGAACGUGGACUCUGGAGGAUCGAAAAAUGGUCCGUAUUGUUCUUACAAAGACAAAGAGAGAUGCGGCAAAUUGUUGGACUUCUCUUCUAGAAUCUGGAUAUGCAGCUGAUCCUUGGGUGCAAGACCAAAUGCAAAGAAAACUUACAUUAGAGAGAUUCCAGAAAGAAAAUCCUGGUUUUGACUUCAGUGGAGCAGAAAUCUCAGGAAACUACAGUAAAGGUGGACCAGAUUUCUCAAAUCUUGAGAAAUAACUGCCAUCUUCUUGCUGCAUUUUGUGGAUCCUAGCAGAUUUGCCAGCUUAAUAAAAUGAACAGAUGAUGUGGUGGAAGAAAAAUGGGAAUGUCUGCAGUUAACAAAUUGCAAAAUAUAUUUAAAUAUGGUUCUAAAAAUUGCAUUCAAAUAUGAGUUACAUAGGAAACAUCUUAAAUACUGUAGGAACUAUUCUGCUGAUAUACGGUAACUUUUUUUUUGGACUUGUUUUUGCUCAGCAUGAAGUUUUAUAUGCUGCAUUUUACUAAUUUCAUAUUUAACCUGUAUUUUUAAUACAAAAAUCUUUAGGGUAUAGAUCAUGUGAAAUGACAGGGUACCAUCAGGGAAAAUUAAGUUUUUCUUUCAAUAAGUGUGAUGCAGGAAUAAUGUUCAAUAAACUUUUCUAAAUAGGAAUUGUGUACCCCUUUGUCUAAGUGUACCAGUUCAUACAAGGAAAAUGUAUUACUGGAAAAAAAUUUUCAGAAAGGAGAAAACAAUCCACAGAUAUAUUCUAAGUUAAUUUUAAGAGCUACUGAAAAUUUCUGAAUUCCUUGAGAGAUGCCUUUAAGUCAAGAAAUUGAAAAAUAGUUUAAAACCUAUCAAUAAGAAUAGAUUAGUGCAAAAGAUAAUUGGUGAAGUGAAUAUGGUUAUUGGGUGAAUCCUUUGUUAGUGACAAAUACAAAUUAUAGUCAAUGGUUAUAAGUCAGUGACAUCAUUUUGAUCUCCAGUGAUCCAGACAUAUAGGUAAGAAUUGUCUUGAAGUUUUACUUCAUCCUUUUUAUGUCCUUUCUAAUUUUAAAUAUUUUAAAGAGUCUUAAAUGUACUGAAAAGUUACAAGUAAAGAACACAGAAUUGUUUUCUCCCUGACUCUUCAGGUUUGUGUGUAAGUUGAUAACUUGAUUCCCCAUCACCUCUGAGUACCUAAGUGUGUAUUUCCUUCGAAGGACAUGCUGCUACAUAGCUACAAUACAAUCAUUAAAAUCAGGAAAGUAGCAUGGACACAUUAUGA